AAUAGAUUGGUAUAUAGAUAUAAUUAUAUUGUGACAUUUAACAAGGACAAGAGCGGACUAAAUUACGUAUGUAAAACAAAUAUGUGUUUGAAUACCGUUUGAAAUAUUCCUCCAAACGUAUACGGCGGGAUAAAGAUUUCGACUGCAUUUGUGUUUACAGUGUGAACUCACUGAGGAUUCUGAUAUACUGACAUUCUUUUAGGAAGGGAACGUGUUUUAUUGUUUCAAAACCAUGUAAAAAUGUUUCUUACUUGACACAUUUUAAAACAUGGUGGCGAGAUUGGACUGUAUGUGGCUGGGGUGCCUCCUGGUGCUGGUAUCCGCUACAGGGGUUGGUGUGGUGUCGGCAGCAACUAUCUCAGAUACCUACGGGAACACGGCCUGGGGGAACGGGACAGUCACGUGGGGAUCACCACCCACGGGCAUCGCCUACAAGACCGUCAACUCCUACUCAGAUGACGGACUCGGCUUGCUAUUUGCCUUCACCAGAAGUUUUAUCAACACAGUUCAACCAAAUGAUUUCCCGUUUAGUCUGAUCAAAGAUGUUUUAAAUAACAACUUUGAUAUUGGAGAACGCUAUAUGGAGCUGGUAAACUACGCUAUGGGGUUUGGUAUCUGUUUUGUACUCGGACUCCUCUACGUUAUCUUCAUGCCGCUCUGUGGAUGCUGUUUCUGCUGCUGUCGGUGUUGUGGUAAUUGCGGUGGCGAUCUGAAACAGAUUUACGACGAAAAUGAGGGCUGUAAGAGAAUGGGUUUUGCGCAGGCGCUGUUUCUUCUCUCGAUUUGUUUAUUGGCUUCUGCAGCUUGUGUGUAUUCCACUAACGACCGAUUUACCAAGGCACUGGACUACGCUGAUGUCACCAUCGCUGAUAACUUAGACGAUUUAUCAUCUUACGUCAACAACUCGGCCAGCGAAUUUUCUUAUAUCGCAUUGGACAUGUAUGACAUCGUUAGCCGUGCUGUCAUCUCGGAUAUAGGAGAUCUUGGUCCGCUGGUGUACAAUGCUAUAAGUUCGACCCUCGAUAUCACUACGGUUAUCAACUCUGUGAUCGCGCUGGACACUACGCUAAAUUCCAUAAGCACAAAUAUGGCGCAAGUGAUAAGUGACGUCACGGCUCUAAAGAGUGCGGCCAAUACUUUGGACUCGUCCCUCAGUACUCUCUCCUCAGACAUUACCACGACGAAGUCCAUGUGUUCCAGUGACUGUGUACCUACCACGGCGUGUGAUAGCUUCUCUACAUCCGGGCUCAGUAUGAGUGCUGACUUCUCUACGCUACCAGACCUAACCUCUACACAGUCAGCAGUGGACGCCGUGGUGGCCCAGAACCUUACUGGGAUCGCUAAUUCGGCCAGUUCAGCACUAGACGGCAUAGCCACCACAGUGAACAGCUCCACGGUAACUGUACGAGACUCACUUCAAACGACGAUGAAUACAUUCAAGAGCACACUCAAUACCAUGAUAGACAGCCUUAUGAGUAACCUCGACUCGGAGUUCCCUACAGAUAAAAUAAAGGCAGACAUGAAUACUCUUUUCACAACUGCAAAAGAUUACGACCUGUACAGAAUUUACUUCGGAUAUGGUUUGAUGGGCGUAUUCUCAUUGGUCCCUCUAAUGUUCAUGAUCGGUAUCCUGUGUGGCUGCGCAUGCCUGGGAGAGAACGUCCGGCCGACAGAAAGAGGCUGCAUUCCCAGCUGUGGUGGCUGUCUCAUGAUCAUAGCCACAGCGCUCAUCUUCCUCCUGGCCGGAUUACUUAUGCUGUUGACCACCCUCUCAUUCAUGAUUGGCGGGAACCUGGAGAAAAUCUGUCAGACAAUGAUCGACUUGACCAUAUUCAAAGAUUUUCUGGACACUGGAGCUUUGUCGAGUUUCAAUUUGGGAGAAAUGUUGUUAAGUAACGCGUCAAUCAGCAUAAGCAUGUACAGUCUCCUCAUUGGAUGUCGUGCCAACAAAGCCCCUUUCAACCUGCUACACCUUGACGCCAUACUUCCUUUGGAUAGUGCUCUCAACUACUCACAGUAUCUCGGGGACAUUGACUCCCAGUUAAACGAUAUGACCAACAAUGUGGACCUUUCAAACUUCAAAGUACUUACAACAGACAUGCAGAACAGUUUAACCGACUUCAAGAACUCCGGCAUAGACUCGAUAGACUUCGCGACAAUGAAUUCCACGCUUGCCCAAACCAUUACGUCAGUUGACUUCUCAUCGCUCAUAUCCUCCAUGACGGCGAUUAAGAACCUCUGUACAGGUACCACACAGUCACGAUGGCAGACACAUAUAUCAACAACAACUACUAUACGGGACGUGGAAUUACCAGCCGUGGAAUCAGCAAAGACAAGUUUGCAGACAUCCUUGAGCGCCUUGGAGAAUUCUAUAGGCGGAGUCACGGCACAGAUUGACUACGUGUUGGCGACGGCUGCUGCAGCAGACAACCAGAUUCAAAACAACGUCACUUCCGUUUUGGCUGCAGCAGCUGUGACUUUCAAGAACCAAAUGUUGUCAUAUGUUGAUUCCUAUAUUCUUAAAGUUCGGGAUAUGGUGUACAACGAUGUGGCUAAAUGCCAACCGCUGUGGACACUGUACGAGUCUAUGACGACGAUGUUGUGUAGUUACACCGUGGACGCUUUAAAUGGUUUCUGGUUCGGACUCGGCUGGGGUCUGUUGUUUGCGGUACCCUCUGUUGUGAUUGCUGUAAGGGCGUCCAAGUAUUACAGAAAGAUGAAUGAAGAUGAAGGUUACGAUGAUGAAGUGAAACCUGAAAACGAGGAUAUUGACUACUUUGAAGUUAGAUACAACGCAAUGAAAAGGUAUAACAAUAGGAGAGUGGCACCGGACUUUUAUGAUUGAUAGCCUUCUCUAGACUGUGGACAAAGAAUCGAUUGGAUGAGAAUAUAAUUAUUUUUCCUAAUUUUGUUAUAUACAGAUUUGAAUAGCUGUUAUAUAUAAAUUGUGCAUAACCUUAACCAUAACACUUGGUGUAACACUGUAAGUUAAAGAAGACAAAAAUCCCAACGAUCACCGGGGAUUAGUUCUUAAGAGUAUAAUGAUAUUUUCAUUUCCAGUAAGCAAAAAGUUAUAACAAGAUGAUGAACAUAAUGGUGUCUGUGUUUAAUAAAUCUACGUUCGACAUAAUUGCUGGAUUUAGUAAAGCCUUCAAAUUAAAAAUCGACAUCAUCUUUUCAAAA